ACACGUGCUCGCAUCCAGUGGGCGUCGACUCUACUGUGACGUCAGUUCGAGGACACGCCCCCUUUACAUUUCUACACAUUUAGUCGGAGAGGAGCGAGACCACCAUAGGAUUAAGGUUUACGUGGAAGAGGACUGCUGAUAAUAUCGAGGAAAAAGAGAGGAGGAGUCUACGUGGAACCACAAUUAUUUAACCUGAAACGCAGUUGGUGACUUCUUGUUUGGCAGCAUUUCUGCGUGAAACUUCUUGUUCUCGUUGGCAAGAAAUAUGUUGGUAUUGUCCGUCUUCAUGGCGUCGUUAAUGUCGCUAACGUGGGCGCAAACGUCCCGCUGGGGGCCCUGUCCCACACCUAAGGUGCAGCCAAACUUCAGCCUUGAAAAGUAUUUGGGUCGUUGGUACGAAAUUGCCAAGCUUCCUACACGAUUCGCGAGAGGAAAGUGCAUCGAGGCUAACUACUCUCUCCGACGAGACGGAACCAUUCGGGUUUUGAACAAGCAGUUUUAUAAAGAAAAGACGAGAUCAGCAGAGGGGACAGCGGUGAUCCCUGACCCGAGAGAACCAUCCCGAAUUGGAGUUAGCUUCUCCUACUUCACACCGUACAGCCCGUACUUGGUCCUGAGUACGGACUACGAAGAAGUGGCCGUGGUCUACUCGUGCACAGACGUCCUGCGCAUCUUCCACAUAGAGUUCGCGUGGGUCUUGAGCCGCGCGCGCUUCCUGCCGCCCGAAACGUUUCGCUACGCGGAAGAAUUGCUUCUGGGGGAAGGCAUCGACCUUUCUCCCAUGACCUUUACCGACCAGACGGGAUGCAAGGACGACUGAUGCGGUACUCCGUUAACUCGUGCCCGUCCAUCGGACAAAACCAGAUUUCGUCUACUGAAUAUCGGCAAGCCGUCCACAUAUUUAAUAUAUUACGGUCAUUGAAGGUCAACUUGAACUUGUAGAGAGGGAGAUGUUACAGGAUUUUUAUCAUGAUAUCAAAUUUGCUUUUAUGAAUAUACAGUUAGCCUCUUUUGUGAUUUGGUUCUAUUUCAUGUCAGUUUAACAAAAGGGGAAUAAAUGGACUAAUAUUGGAAUCCUAAUUGAUUAUAUGAUGUCAUCAUUAGUAUUUAUGCUAUGUUUUGUGUUGGACAGCACUUAUGAUUACAAUAAAUAUUUGUGAGA